GAGCAUUUGAUCCCUAGGAGACAGUAUCACGUUUCUGGUCCAAACGCACUUUGGCAUUUGGAUGGCAACCAUAAACUGAUUAGAUACAAUAGAUGGGCACAUGGACCAUCACGAACAAGAAGCGAUCGUGGAGUGGAAAAUACAGAAGUAGCAAGACACAUGUUGGAAACACGAGGAGAUGAUCGUGGCAGUCAUAUAUACGGUUCAUCCGAUCAUAGCCAAAGAAUUGAAGGACUCUGGAGAGAUUUAAAUCGUGUUGUCGGAAGAUG